AUGUUGGAUCCUCCCGAAACUUCAAGCCAGUCUGGCCAAGAGGCGGAAAAGACAGCAGCCGGUGGCCGUCUGGAAUCUCGCGAGAUAGCAGACGAUGAAUUCCGCUACGCCACGAUACCUGUCAACAGGUUCUGGUUCCUCACCCUAGGCGUUACUCUCGGCCUAUUUCUUGCCAUGGCAGACACCUCUAUCGUCGCCACCAGCAUGUACACGAUCGGUGUGGACUUUCAAUCCUCAGAUCAAAUCAACUGGAUUGCCUUGGCCUACACCCUGGCAUACAUUGGCUGUGCCGUCACCUUUGCCAGAAUAUCUGACAUCAUCGGCCGCAGAGAUGCCUUCUUAGUAGCCUACGUGAUCUUCUUCGGCUUCUCUUUGGCUUGUGGCUUCGCCAAGAACGUGAACCAGAUGAUUGUAUUUCGGGUCUUUCAGGGCAUUGGAGGUUCAGGUCUCAACUCCUUAGCUUUGAUUAUGCUCCCAGAGCUUGCUCCUCCGCAUCUCUUACAAUACAUUGGCGCCGUCAUUGGUUUAGUCAUCGCCAUGUCCGGCGUGCUGGGGCCGGUCUUGGGUGGUAUUCUAACACAUUACGCUGAUUGGAGAUGGAUUUUCUGGAUCAACGCACCUAUAGGGUUCGUUUCUCUUGUAAUCUUCUUUCUAGCCUGGCCGAAGAAAGAGUCUCUUCCAACUUACGAGGUGCGGAAGUGGACAAGUUUCGACGUCCUCGGGUCACUCCUCACCCUUGCAGCCCCAACUCUGGUCGUUUUCUCCUUCCAACACGCCGGGGAGAAGAAGACUCCCAACUGGGGCCACGCCGACUUUCUGGCCCCUCUCAUCGCCGGAAUCGUCCUCUUCUUCUGUCUGGUUUUCUGGGAGCGCUAUCUAGGCAAUCGCGCUAACAACCGCUUGGCUCUGGCUUUCCCAGUUGAGCUCUUCAAGAACCGACACUAUGCCGCUGCCGCAUUAUCAUCCUUGGUCCUCGGCUUCCCUUACUUUAUUAUCGUCUUUUCGUUCCCGCUCCGGACUCAAAUCGUCAGCGGAAAAGAUGCCCUCAUUGCAGGUGUAAUGUUGCUGCCGAUGUUAGGAUCAACCGCCGUCGGCACACUUGCCGCUGGUAGGCUAAGCUCAAACACGAAUCGUCUGUUCGAGACAUUAUUUGCAGGAGCAUGCUUGCUCACGCUGGGCUGCGGACUUUUAUCUACUGUCAAGGGAUCCGGAGACGAUAGCAAAGCCCUGGGCUUCCUCGUCUUUGCUGGCUUGGGUUUUGGAUUCACAGCCAGUGCCUCCUCUAUGCUUGCAAAUGUCGAGGCCCCAGUUCGAGACUUUGCGCCCGCCCAGGGUAUCGUCUCCCAGCUCCGCAUCCUUGGUGGCAGUCUUGGGAUUUCCGCGUCCACUCUAUUGCUCCAGAAUGAAAUUAGGCAGCAUCUAGUGGGGCUUUUGACUGCAGAGCAGCUUCAAACCCUCGGGCAUGUUGGCACCCCAUUGACUGAAAUUCAGCAGGAAGCCCUUGAGAUGGCCUAUUCGAACAUGUUCCGCAACGGGAUGCUGAUAGCAGCAGGUAUUGGAGGCCUGGGAAUCCUGACCACACUUCCGGCUUUCAGGCGCGAGCGCAAGAACUUCCAAGAACAGCGCCAAGAGCGAGUUGUUGAAGAGGGGGAGCGGCGGACAGCUGAGAGACUUGCCUCACAGGCGGCAGCUCCUGCCUAA